AUGAGCCUUCAAGGAAAAAUCGCCAUUGUCACCGGCGCCUCGCGCGGAAUCGGCGCCGGGAUCGCCCUUCAUCUCGCAAAGCAGGGUGCAAAGCUCACCCUGACCUACACCUCCGCGAGCAGCGCGCAGGGAAUCGACGAGCUAUGCGUCAAAAUCCGCUCCCUGAACAACGGCUCCGCAGCAACCAAGGUCCAAGCCGAUCUCAGACAGCCAGACGCCCCAGGCCUGAUCCUCGCGGCCACGUUUGAGGCAUUCCCCGAUGCAGAUAACAAGAUCGACAUCCUAGUCAACAACGCAGGGGUUUCGCAAUGCAAGAAUCUGGUGGAAACAACCCACGACGACAUCUCCUCCGUCUUCGACAUCAACGUCUUCGGCUUGAUGAACAUGACCAAAGCCGUAAUCCCGCAUCUCCGCGCCCCCGGCCGGAUCAUCAACCUCAGCUCUGUAGCCGCUCGGCGCGGAUCACCUGGUUUCUCGGUGUAUUCCGCGUCCAAAGCGGCCGUGGAGGGAUUCACGAGGUCGUUGGCCUGUGAGCUGGGUCCGGUGGGGUGUACGGUUAAUGCUAUUGAGCCUGGGGCGGUGGAGUCUGAUAUGUUGCGCCGGGAGAUUCCGGCUGACGUGCUCGCUUAUAUCCAGCAAAGUACGCCACUGGGGGGUAGAGUCGCUUUGCCGGAGGAUAUUGCGCGCGUGGUGACUUUCCUAGCGGGGGAGGAAGGGGGAUGGGUGACGGGGCAGAGUAUUUGUGUUAGUGGGGGGAUGCAUAUGAAUUGA